AAUAUUUGUGUAAUGACGAAUGAAUCAAGGGCCUACUAUGUGCCAGGCAGCUGUGCUAGCUAGGCCUACUGCUGACGUCCCCUUCCCAAUCACUUCUACCCGAGCGGCAGAGGCUGCCUUGAGUCCUCCUACCGCCAGGGGCCGCUGUACAAAGAGCGCGGCUUCCUUUCCACGCCACCGUCUAUCCCCGCGGUGCCCCUUGACCCCGUGAAGUUACUGCCCCGAGUUAAGAUGGCGGCGUCGAUGGCAGCUGCAGCUCGGCGACUGCGGCGGGCCUUUCGAAGGUCGCCUCUGUGGGGGGGCCUCAGCCGUCGGCCGUUCUCAUCCGAGCCCCCUCCAGCCUCGGCCACGGCCGUUCGGGACGCCUUCCUGAGCUUCUUUCGGGACCGCCACGGCCACCGACUGGUGCCGUCCGCCUCCGUGCGGCCCCGCGGCGACCCCAGUUUGCUUUUCGUCAAUGCGGGCAUGAACCAGUUCAAGCCCAUCUUCCUGGGCACCGUGGAUCCACGAAGCGAAAUGGCAGGCUUCCGACGUGUGGCCAACAGCCAGAAAUGUGUGAGGGCUGGAGGACGCCACAACGACCUGGAGGAUGUGGGCCGAGACCUUUCCCAUCACACCUUCUUUGAGAUGCUUGGCAAUUGGGCUUUUGGGGGUGAAUAUUUUAAGGAGGAGGCUUGCCGCAUGGCCUGGGAACUGCUGACUCAGGUCUACGGGAUCCCUGAAGACAGGCUCUGGGUCUCCUACUUUGGUGGUGACCCCAAGGCAGGGCUGGACCCAGACCUGGAGAGCAGGGACAUCUGGCUCAGCUUAGGGGUGUGUGCCAGUCAUGUGCUUUCCUUUGGACCACAAGAGAACUUCUGGGAAAUGGGGAACACUGGCCCCUGUGGGCCCUGCACGGAGAUCCACUAUGACCUGGCUGGGAGAGGGGGAGCCCCCCAGCUGGUGGAGCUGUGGAAUCUGGUCUUCAUUCAACACAACAGAGAGGCAGAUGGAAACCUGCAGCCCCUGCCCCAGCGGCACGUGGACACGGGAAUGGGCCUGGAAAGGCUGGUGGCCGUGCUGCAAGGCACGCGCUCCACUUACGACACUGAUCUCUUCUCCCCGCUGCUUGACGCCAUUCAGCAGGGUUGCGGGGUGCCCCCUUACUUGGGUCGGGUAGGAGCAGCAGACGAGGGGCGCACAGACAUGGCAUACCGCGUGGUGGCUGAUCACAUCCGCACACUCAGCGUCUGCAUCGCCGACGGUGUCUGCCCCGGAAUGUCGGGUGCCCCGUUGGUGCUUCGUCGGAUCCUUCGUCGAGCUGUGCGGUUCUCUACAGAGGUGUUGCGGGCACCACCUGGCUUCCUAGGCAGCCUGGUGCCUGUAGUGGUGGAGACCCUGGGAGAUGCUUAUCCAGAACUGCGGAAGCACUCAGCCCAGAUAGUCAACCUGGUGUCAGAGGACGAGGCAGCCUUCCUGGCCUCCCUGCAGCGGGGUCGGCACAUCAUCGAUCAGACCCUGAGGCGCCUGGGGCCUUCUGAUUUGUUCCCUGCUGAAGUGGCCUGGUCCUUAUCGCUGUCUGGGAACCUGGGGCUCCCCCUGGACCUGGUAGAGCUGAUGCUGGAGGAGAAGGGGGUGCGGCUGGACUCUGCUGGGCUGGCGCGGCUGGCCCAGGAGGAGGCCCAGCACCGGUCACGGCAGGCCGAGCCAGCUCAGGAGCGGGGACUGCAGCUGAAUGUCCACGCACUGGGGGAGCUGCAGCGCCGAGGGGUGCCCCCAACUGACGACAGUCCCAAGUACAACUACUCUCUUCGACCCAGCGGGGGUUAUGAGUUUGGCACCUGCGAGGCGCAGGUGCUCCAGCUAUAUACAGAGGACGGGACAGCUGUGGCCUCUGUGGGGAAAGGCCAGCGUUGUGGCCUUCUCUUGGACAAAACCAACUUCUACGCUGAACAGGGGGGUCAGGCUUCAGACCGAGGCUACCUGGUGCGGGUGGGGCAGGAGGAUGUACUGUUCCCAGUGCCCCGGGCCCAGGUCUCUGGAGGCUUCAUCCUGCACGAGGCUGUGGCCCCUGAGGGCCUGAAGGUUGGGGACCAGGUGCAGCUACAUGUAGAUGAGGCCUGGCGUCUAGGCUGCAUGGAGAAGCACACGGCCACCCACCUGUUGAACUGGGCACUCCGGCAGACCCUGGGCCCCGGCACGGAGCAGCGAGGUUCCCAUCUCAACCCCGAGCGGCUGCGCUUCGAUGUGGCCACCCAGGCUCCACUGACCCCAGAGCAGCUCCGGGCAGUGGAGGGCACGGUGCAGGAGGCCGUGGGGCAGGAUGAGGCCGUGUACAUGGAGGAGGUGGCCCUGGCACGCACCGCCCAUGUCCCUGGCCUGCGCUUUCUGGAUGAGGUAUACCCAGACCCUGUGCGGGUGGUGUCAGUGGGGGUGCCCGUGGCCGAGGCGCUGGACCUCGCCUCUCAGGCUGUGCUGCAGACCUCUGUGGAGCUGUGCUGUGGGACGCACCUGCUGCGCACAGGGGCUGUAGGGGACCUGGUCAUCGUUGGGGAGCGCCAGCUCUCCAGGGGCACCACCCGCCUGCUGGCCGUCACCGGGGAGCAGGCCCAGCAGGCCCGAGAGGUGGGCCAGGCUCUGGCCCAGGAGGUAGGAGCCGCGGCAGAACGGCUGAGUCGGGGCAGCCAGGAUGUGGUGGAGGCUCAGCGACUAUCCAAGGACAUGGGACGACUCACUGAUGCUGUGGACACUGCGGUGAUGCCCCAGUGGCAGCGGCGGGAGCUGCAGGCCACGCUGAAGGUGCUGCAGCGACGUGCCAACACUGCCAUCCGGAAGCUAGAAACGGGGCAGGCUGCACAGAAAACCCAGGAGCUGCUGCGGCGGCAUUCAGAGGGGCCCCUGAUUGUGGACACAGUCUCCACUGAGUCCCUCUCCGUGCUGGUGAAGGUGGUACGGCAGCUGUGUGAGCGGGCGCCUCGCACGUCUGUGCUACUGCUCAGCCCCCAGCCGCUGGGGCACGUGUUGUGUGCCUGUCAGGUGGCCCAGGGUACCACACCAGCCUUCACAGCAGAGGCCUGGGCACUGGCGGUAUGCAGCCACAUGGGGGGCAAGGCCUGGGGCUCUCAAGUGGUGGCUCAGGGCACCGGAACGACGGCUGACCUGGAAGCUGCCCUCAGGACAGCCCGAGCCUACGCCCUCAACCAGCUCUGAGCCGGGCUCGCCAGGGACUCACAUAGACUGGACAGACUGCCGACGGGCCAGUGCCAGGAACCCUUGAAGGAGCCAGCAGAACCUCCCCGGAGGCUGAAGCAAAGGACUAAAGACUGGAGGCCAAGCAGCUGAGCCCUAGGGGGCUGCCUUGGGCCAGGCCCCGUGAGGACACGAGGAGUUGGGGUUCUGGAAGGCAGAAGUGGGCCCAGAGACACACCCCCACUGGAUGAAUGUGAAGCCAUGGACUGUCUUGGCUGUGAGUGCUCAUCAACAAGUAUUUCACUGCAGCCAGGAAUUUCCAGAAGUUCUUCUGCUUAAAAAAGAACAGCUUUCCCCUCCCAGCAACCUGGUAAGGGUGCUCUAUCACCCGGCUGAUCCCUCACACUGGAUCAAACAGUCACCCAUCAUCCAAAUCAGAACCAUCCUCCUCGCCACGGGUGUUUAACAAGUUUUCCGUGCCAGCCUGGGCACCCACAAAGGCCUCGCUGGCCACCAAGAUCCAGAACUGUCUUAUGAAAGUCAUUACAGGAGGGCACACCCUCUCUGGUGUCACUUGUGUCAUUAACAGUGACUUCACAUUUUAGC